AUGAAAAUUAGAAUAGAUAUACUUUUACUUGUCGUACUAUUACUUGCAUCGAAUGUUCAAUUUACACGUUCGUCAAAUGAUCAACAACAAGAACAGAUCAAAUCAUAUAUGAAUGUUGAUCCUUCUUGGGGAUUAUCAAUUCGAUCAAAUCAGAAUACCUAUCAAUCUUCAAUCAUUUCAAACGAGAUGAUUCAAAUCAUUGAUAGUAACAGUGAUGUAUGGGUACCUAAACCAAUUGAAUUUACUGUAUCUUCAAAUAUCGCUCAAAUUGAGAUUAAAACCAACUUUUAUGGAUCACUUAAAAAUGGAUAUGAAAUCAAGAGAAAUGAAUCAUUGUAUCAAGGUAAUUGUAUUGGAAAGUUUUGUUGUGAUUCCGUUGGUCUACCACUCAUUGCCAAUGCAAUUGCAUACAAUAAUUCCAUUCCAAAUCUAAUCUACCAAAUGCUGCCAGCUCCAUUAAUCAAUAUUACUGGACAAUUAUCUGUGCUUAAACCAGUACCAUUGAACGUUCCAUUCUCGCCUAUGCAAUCGUACCAAUCGUCAUCUUUAAAUGUAUCAGUGUACACUGAUAUAUCUGAUUUGACUUGGUUAAAUGCAUUCAUUGAUAACUACUACUUGGUAUUAUCACAACCACCAUUACCAUUGUCACCAAAGUUUAUUGCAAAGUCAUAUGUUGGAGACUCACCACAAAAGAUUGGAAUGUCAACCACUACAUAUAACAAUCAACCCAUGUCAGAUGUAUGCUCCAAAAAUACAGUUGCCACAAGUACUGAUAAUCCAUAUGACCAAUUUGCAGUUGCCUCAUUGUUAGAAUCAAUCUUGACCAAUUGUACUCUAAACUUAAAGGAUUCUAUCCUCUCGACCCAGCUAGGCAUCUCUACUCAAAACGUUGUUGUAUUGAAUUGUCCAAAACAAGAUCUAGUGUCAUUACAUUCCAUUUGGUUCAAUUCUCAAACCUAUCCAAUCGUCAAAUCAAGUCCCCUACCAACUGUAAAGAAUGUUGGAGUUGACCCAAUCUUGGAUGAAUAUACAACCAUCACAAAUCUAUACAUUGAUAUUGAAAAUAUUGGUAGUGGUCUAAGUGUCUAUUCAAUCUCAUUGUUGAAUUGUUGUUCAACUCUUGGUGACUGUGAACCAAUUAAAUAUCAAACAGACCCAAAACAAUUAUUAAUCAAUUCUGGUAAAACUUCGAGAUUAUCAUUUACAAUUAGAAGUUUUGAACCAUUAAAUCCAAGUCAAUAUUGUAAUGUUGGUAUUAUUGGUGGAAUUAAACAAUAUGAACCUGUAAAGGUUGAUUUUUCUACCACCACCAAUACAUAUAUUCCUGAUCCACAGUAUCUAUCGACUGUUGGCACAUGUCCAUCUGGUACGAUCACAUUAUCAAGACAAUCCAAACUAUAUUGUAUUCCAACACCUAGAUGUACAAUGGAUCAAGUAGCCGAUCCAGUACUAGGUCUUUGUAGACCAAAACCAACUCUGCCAUCAACUCCAGACUCUUCACCAAACCUACUAUUUUAUUCAACGACAAGUGGUAGUCUUCAAACCGUACCAGGUUGUGAUGGAUUCUAUGAUCCAUCAACAAACACAUGUACCGAAUUUUUAAAUUAUACUUCACCUGGUGAUAGUUCAAUGUGUGAAACAAAUCUAAGUAGUAGUACACCAUCUGAUUGUGUCAAUACUGAUGGAGUUUCAUUUAAUGAAACUGUUAUUAUGCCCGGUUCGUCAUCAAAAGUAUUGAAUCAAUCUGGAUUGAUUAUUAUCAUUCUAUUGGUUGUAGUUGUCGUCGCAUUGAUUGGAUUAUGUGUAUACAGAUGUUUCUUUAAAAAGUCUGAUCUUGAAAAGACAUUGAAAAAAUUAAAGGUCAUCCAAGCAAAGGAAAGUUUCAUUUUUGAAACUAAUCAAAAAAAUAAUCAACAUCAACAACAACAAAGAAAUAAUAAUAAUAAUCAGGGUUCUCAACAACCUACAACAAGAAGAAAUAAUAUUUCUUCAAGAAAUGGUCAACCUCCACAACAACAACAACAACAAAGAUCAAGACCAAGACCAAGACCAAACAACAACAAUCCAAAAAGAGGAAUUAAUAAUGGUUUAUUAGGAUAA